AAAGGAAAACGGUGGCAGCGGCUUUUUUUCGGUUUCCGUCAUUCGCUAAGCGCCCAUGCCCCUCUAAGCAAAACUGUUAAUUAACCAAAAAGCAUUUAUGUCUCCAUGUAUACUGUUAAUACGGUAGUAAUUAUCUUUUUCUGGUGGCGGAGGCCAGAGAGUAUACAUGGCUGCUGCUGCUUUUUCUUCUUCUUCUUCAAUAUGGUCCCGCCAAAACCAACAGUUUCAGAUUCAUUUGAAAAACAAAUUCCUCUGUUUCAGUAAUCAUUUCAAUUAGGGUUCAGGCGAAGAAAAAAAAGAAAGAAAGAGGGGAAGAAAAUAGGGAUCGGAAGGGGUUGGGGGGCAUAUGAUGCUUUGUUCAUCAUUGUGGGGUCGAAUACAGCCGUGGCUUCGCGAUUACGAUAGCCUUCAAUCUUUCGCCGUCAUCCUCAUCUACAUCCAGAUUGGUUGCGCGUUGAUUGGAUCACUGGGCGCAUUGUACAACGGAGUUUUGCUGAUAAAUCUGGCCAUCGCGUUGUUCGCUCUGGUAGCCAUAGAGAGCAGCAGUCAGAGCCUGGGGCGUAUGUAUGCGGUUCUUCUCUUCUGCGCUAUCUUUCUCGAUGUCUUCUGGUUCAUCUUCUUCACUUACGACAUUUGGCACAUAUCUUCUGAGAGUUAUGGACCAUUCAUUAUCUUUUCAGUGAGACUCAGUCUGGCAAUGCAAAUCAUUGGGUUUACUGUGAGGUUCUUAUCCUCAUUUUUAUGGAUUCAGAUUUACAGGUUGGGGGUUUCAUAUGUUGACACUACAGUUGCUCGAGAAGCAGAUUUUGAUUUAAGAAGUAGUUUUCUGAGUCCUGCAACUCCUGCUGUAGCCAGGCAAUCCUCAGAGUCUGAUGACAUUUUAGGAGGAUCUAUCUAUGACCCUGCUUACUACUCAUCUCUCUUUGAUGUUCAAGACAGUAGACGUUUAUUUGGGGGUCAAAAUCAUGGUAAUGGUGACAAUGGAUCUACUUCUGCUGCUGAAGCUUCUCAGUUGAAGCCAUCUGUAGGCAGGUCAUUUCAGGCUAUAGAUGAGGAGGUUGGAGCAAGCCAGCCUCAAACAGUUUGAACUCAAGUGUGGUAUCCAUGAAAUUUUUAACUCCUCGGUAUCCACUCUCCAUAAUUAUUGUUCUGAGGUUUCUUUUUCAUUAGUCAAUGCGGCCAGACUGUUUUCGAGUAGGUUUUGUACAGUUACAAUUUUUAGCCAUUAUUUCCCAGGGUAAAAGCGCUGCUUGUCAAAGUUAAAGGAGACCUAUUCCCCUUUAUUCUGUAGGGAAUGUGACAAGUGUCAAAGGUUUUACCAACAUACAUGCUAUGUGUGGGUCCUACAAAUUCUGUAGUCGAUUUUCAAAAUGAAAGAUUGGAGAAAGACAGGAGAAUACAAGAAAGUAUUUUGUCUUUCCUGAAAAUAUUUCAGCUGCACAUAGACAAUGCAAUUUGGCUCGCACUGAAUUCUUAUUUCCAGGGUGGGUCUAGGUUAACAUCGCCAAUAUAUUGUCGUGUUCAGGGACCCCAGUUAAUCGCAUGUUGUUCCCCAAGUCAGAUUGGUAAAAGCCUUUCAGAAUGUAGUGGCUGUCUUUUCUUUUUUUUCACUUCAUUUUUUGGUGGGUUUGACAGCCCGUUCAAAUGUCAUGAUUCAUGAAAUAUAGCUGCAAUAUUUUCAAAGAAGUGGAUGAAUAUAUUCAUGUA